UAACAAUUCAUUAAACGUUACUCAACAUUACAGUCAGCAUACAAAGAAACGGUAUUACAUACAAUGUCGACGGAAUGUACCUGGGUCUUGUGUUUUGCGGAACAAAGAAAUUGAAUGCAUGUGCUACCAUCGCCUUGUAUCGCGUUCUCCGAUAGAGCAGCGGUGAGAGAUUCGGACAAAAACUUCUGGUGCAAGGUUGCGGUUUCAAAAGGGAAAAAAAACAAUUGAUGAAAAAGUCGCGAAAUAAUCGAAGCUUCGCUCCAGCAGCGAAUUCCGCGUGUAAGCGUACUCGCAGGCGGACGCGAUCCGCGUGUUCCUGCUCGCUCGGACAGGAAAGUUCAUGCGCCACUAGUUCGCGGACCGCAAACACGAUCGUCAUCCAAAAAGUCGGAUCGCAGGCAGAGGCACUGGCAAAACUAAGCGUUCGACCACAAGACCGAGCGGCUCAUACCGUUAAGUGGAACUUUCGGUUAUGCCGCACUUCAUUACGCCGAUGAAAUGCCACGAGUUCGAGCGUGAGAUGCUCCAUAAUAGCGAGAAGGAAAGGGAACAUUUUUGUGGUAACUUACAUUAGAGCGAAUGGAGACUCAGACCGUGGAAUGAAUUUAAGAAUACUCAGCCCACAAAUUGUUGUUAUGGAACUGUUAAUCAACAGAGACAAGAGAAACCAAUUAAGAAGUUCUACCUCGCAGAAAGAAACGGAACGAGCCAAGAGAACGAACGAACGUUGGGGAGAAAAGCGGGGAAAAAGAUUUCCACGUCGCGGAAUAUCGUUUGAUUUGACGCCAGCUAGUCGGAGCCGUAGCCGAUGCAGCUUCUCGACUCCCCUUUCCUAUUGGUUACGCCGCGUUUCAGUCGCUCGCGACAGCACGGUCGUGCCGCAUUCCAGCCACGCGCCUUGCCUAGAAACACUGGCGUAACUACCCGGUCUUAACGAGGCGAUUUGUCAACAGGCGACUACCGUGGAACUUGAUAAGAAAACGGCGUUAACCGCGAUGACGAUUACUUAUACCUCAGUGCGGCGGUGAUCGGACCCGAUUAUCACUGCUGGACGUUACACGGUGAAUUGAUGCCAUCCUGGCCACGGUUUCACUGCUAACCGAUGGAAAACGGUACUUGCAAAAUUUUCUGCGUUUCUUGCGAUCCCUCCUCGCCCGAAUGAACAGUAGAAGCUUUCUUGUGUAACAUUCUAUGCGGAGAAAGCUGAUACCUAUUCAACGAUAGUUAUUUCAAUGGUUUGAUUGAUGAUUUUCACGCGGAUUUUGACACGUUCUAAUUUCAGUUAAAAUAGAGCGAUUAUGAGUCUGGUCGAUGUUAACAAGUAUUCCAAAUGGA